GUUAAAAGAGUUGAAGAGCUUAUCACAUGCUCUUGUUUGGGGCAAUGUUCACUUUCACUUCGCUGGGAACUCCAGCUGACUUUUGUUGUGAUGGCACCUGGGGCAGUGAGCCCACAAGGCUGAAGAACCAGGUCCGUGGAUUGAUGCACAGUUACUUUUGAUCCUGCCUAGCAAGUAAGCAAAGGGAAGAGGAAAAAAAGAAAGAAAGGAACAUUAAAUCCGUGGCAUGCUGGCUCAGCACCUUUCACCGUAAGCUUUGAACUGUGCACACAAUUUGUGCCCCUUAUCUACGCUUCGCGUUCGCAGCUAGCAAGUGCCUCCGUGUCAUUUCCCAGCCCGUCCUGCAACAAGCCGUUCUGGGAGCACCAUGAACGCAAAAACCAGCUCUGCAGGUGAGGAAGAAGCCUCAGGAAUGAGGAAUGAGACCCUGGGAGAGAGUGGCUUCUUGGGAGAGGCCAAAAGGCGGCAAGUGAUCCGUGUUGCCUACGUGAUUGCAGCCCUAGAGCUGACCUUUUUCUUCAUGCAGAUCGGAGUCAUGCCUUACUUGGCAAAGAGCCUAGGUUUGGAUUCAGUGGGGUUUGGCUAUCUCCAGACCACCUUUGGUGUCCUGCAGCUCGUGGGGGGUUACAUUUUUGGAAGGUUUGCAGAUAAAUUUGGUGCCCGAGCAGCCUUAAUUCUCUCCUGUGCAUCUGGAAGCAUCUUCUUCCUGCUUAUGUCCCUCUCCACCAACAUCCCCCUCCUCUUCCUCUCCAGGCUGCCAGGAGUGUUCAUGCAUGGGAUACCAGGUGCUCAGAAGGUUAUUACAGAUGUGACCACUCCUUCUGAACGUGCUGGUGCUUUGGGGAAGCUGGGAUUUUGCUUUGGAGUGGGCAUCAUUUCUGGCUCUGUCGUGGGAGGUGUUCUGUCCACCAAAUUCAAUGUUUAUGUUCCUGCAUAUGUUGGGCUGGUGGGAAGUCUCAUCAACACCCUGAUAGCAGUGGUUUGGAUCCCUUCUCAGACUAAACCAAAGUCAGACCAUCACGUGACAGAGCACAGCACAUCACAGUCUGGGAGCUUGUUUAGCAUCAGAGAAAUCCUGCGCCUGAUGAAGUUUCCGGGAGUAAUGGAAGUUUUCAUAGUCAAGGUCUUUGCUGGACUUCCCAUAGGUUUGUUCAUGAUUAUGUUUUCCAUCAUCUCUAUGGAUUUCUUUGGCUUGGAAGCAGCGGAGUCUGGAUAUCUGAUGUCAUAUUUUGGUGUCCUUCAAAUGGUUGUCCAGGGUUUGGUGGUUGGGAAACUCGCUAGUCGCUGCUCAGAGAUGACCCUGCUCAGACUCGGCGUCUUCAUCUUUGCCGGCGUGGGCCUAGGCAUGGCCCUGAUGAGGACGGUGUGGCACUACUGCAUCAUUGCGGUGCCGCUGGUGUUUGCCUUCAGCAUGCUGGCCACCAUCACUGACAGCAUCCUCACCAAGGCUGUGCCCUCCUCAGACACUGGAGAGUUCCUGUAUUUCUCUGUGCAAGACAGCAGUGGUAGACACUUAAAUCUUUAUACUUGGGGCUUUAGUUCUGUUGAUGAAGGAAAUAUGCCUACAUUAUUGUCAUGGGAGCCUGGCUGAGUUUGUGCAGGGAUGGAGCUGGCUUAACUUGGUUUGUGUCUUUCGCUCAAGCCCUUUCAGGGUUUGCUCCCAGAGCAGGUACCCAAGAGUGUCUCUCCUUUAGCUGAGGCUUUCUGGGCUGCCAGUCUGCGCCCUUCAUCUUCCCCAGCAGCUGUCUGAGCAGAUACCUCUGUGCAGACCCUACCAAGAAUGGGAGCUGUAGCUUGCACAGCCCAUUAGUGAAGUUUAUAAAGCACUUUUGAGAUGUUUCUGGGUGAAGAGCUUUUCUGAAAAUGAAAAGCUCUGUAGUUUAUUUGUAGAGCUGGCCCACUACAUCUCCUACAAAUGCUGGGAGCCUGUAAUUUUCAAGUGGAAUAUUUCCACCUGCAAGGACCAUUUAUCCCCAGUCUUCGUCUCCUUGGGAAGAGUCUCAGCCCCUCUGCUCAGCCAGGGAGAAAAUUGCUGCUUCAUGACUUGGAGCAACGUUCAUGUGAGGGAGAGCCAGCGGGGAAGGGCACCAAGCGGCUUUGGGACACACAACCAAGCUGGAAUUCAUCCAGGCUCUUCUCAAAGGGAUUUUGUGAGGAAAACCAGAGCAGUGCUUAACUUUUGGAGCCCGGAGGCAAGCUUUGGUCAGGGAGGAAAAUGGGUUUAGUUGCCUCACCCUGCUCCCUGCUUGCAGAUGUUGUUAGGCCAGCCUGUGCCUCGGCGGGAUGGAUGGUCUCCCCUUGGCAGGGCGGGAUUGCCGGGCAGGAUGGAGGCAGUCUGCAGAGCAUCAGUGAAGAUGCUCAGGAGCAGGUUGCAGGUCAUCAGGGGAUGCCAUGGGCUAUUGAGGGCUUUCUCCUGCCUGUCCAUCCCAGGCUGGUGUCAUGCCAAGUGCUACUACAAAUGCAGAGUUACAGCUAGCUCAAAACUGGGCGUACCACAGGGGGACGCUCUGGCACGGAGCAUUGUGGCACUGAGGGGAAACCUUGAAUCUGCCACUC